AUGGGUGGGGGGACGACGUCUGCGGAGUACGAGCUUGAGAACAAUGCGCUCCUUAAGGCGAUCCGGCCCGGGGGACUGCUUCACGAAUAUGUUGAAAAUGGCCCAGUGGAGGUGCUGUGUGCUCCACAGCAGUCGUUUUUGGAGUCAAGUGGUAUUGCGUCGUACCUGCGCCUUCCUUCACCCCACGCCAACAGCCCAACUAGCAGCACCGCAACGCUCACCGUCGGCGAGCGAGAUGUGAUACUGACGCCGGAGCAGCAUGAGAAGAUAGCACGCAUCACUCGUGAAGCGUUCCUGGAUUACCACCUCGUGCACUUUGACGGUGUUGCGUCUCCCGCCUUCGUGACGCUUCGGGGGCAGCGCGGGGAGUUCUCUACGGAUUUGCAAAGUGUCGCGCGCUACGGACGCAUUGGGGCUUCCGAGGUGCUUUGUGACUUGAGUCCUCUUCUUGAGCCCAACGACACCUCCGUCAGCGACUUUCAUCCAUGUAAAUUACACAUUUUUGUGAUUGCCACCGCGUUAAUGGACGAGGAGGAGCUGCAUAACACGCUCUCCGCGUUGCAGCGGACUCUGCGGCCAAAGGAGCGGAUCUUGACGGACCGGCCUCAGGACGACCAAGCAAGUUUCGUGGGGGGCGCUACAGAGCAGAAGUCUUUGAAGGAGCGCUUCACUCGGGAAGCCAUCGCCAACUAUCGCCGUGCGGUCGCGAAGGAUAAUGAUGUACGCUCCAAGGAGUUUCAAGAUAUCAUGCGGCUUUCUGUCUGCGCGCCGGUUGCCAAAACGCUUUCUAACUUCGUGGAAACUAUCCAGCAGCGGGAGGCACCUCUCUUUGACGACGCGGAUUUGCGGCGGGCAACUUCCUUUUGUCUAGAUCAAUGCAAACGGAUACCCCUUUUUGAAAAAGAUGCGUCAAAGCUUCAUGUCGCGGCAGAGGGCUUUGAAAAAUAUAUCAUGUCGAAACUCUACUGGCGUGCCUUUGAUGUGCAUCCUGAGGAACGAGAGCGCAACAAGGAGUUACACGAUAAAUUACUUCGACUCUCUCCUCUUGUGACGGCCGAGCAACUGGACGCAUUGAAGGAAGUCGAGGAAGAUCCUCUGUGGAAUAAGGCCAUGUUUGAGCUGGAAGGCAUGAAUGUUUUUAAAGCGCCACGUGAGAAGCUGCGCUGCGCCGUUCGCGCUUGCGACGGGCUCGCAAAGGCAGUGUCUAGCGCUCUUAUGCGCAACGGAAAAGGCGUUGAUUUGGCUAGCAAUAACAACGGCAAGGAGGCGAAUUCCGUCGUUUGUGGGGCUGAUGAAUUUCUUCCGUGUUUCAUGCUGCUAGUCCUUCGCGCCUCUCCUAGGGACUAUUAUUUGAAUGUUCAGUAUGUGAAACGGUUCCGUGACGGCAGCCUCAUCACACCGCAGGAAAGUUACUGCCUCGCGAACUUGGAGUCAGCCGCGGAGUUUUGGCUCUCGUACACCAACUCCCCACCACGUCAGCGUGCGUCAAACCACCCGCCCGCCCCAACAGCAACAACAACAACAACGACGACAACUGUUGAGGAUCUUUUUCUCCCAACUGUCGUCGCAGCUCCCCCAGGCCAAUCCGAUGCCAAGGGUGAGAUGUUCACCCUGCCGCAGCAAACGGGUACGUCAUCUAGGCGGCCCUCGUCACUUUUCAUUGACCAAGAAUCCUUCUCCCUGGGGAAAGACAUGAGUGGCUUACUGGAUGGGAGGCAGCAGGGUAUCAACGUGGCGAGGUUGCUGUUAGAGGAGAGUAAACCGUUUGACAACCUUACUGUAGCGGAGCUGCGUGCAAUUGUUGAGGAGGCACGCUCCCUGUUGGCUGAGAAAAAUAACUUGGCGCAGACUGUAAAGAAUUCAUCAGAGUAA